AUGAAUGUGACACAUGGCGGCGUGCGUCAAGUGACCAGCGACAGGAUGCAGGAGAGGCGGUACUGGACGCCCCUGGUCCGAGGGACGAACACAGAGGCUCUAUGCCCGCCCCUUGGACCCGGGGGGGACUGGUACCGCAUCCGCACCGUGUACCCCAUUAUCAAAGCCAUGAACCCGCUGGUAUUUGAGGGCAGGAAGAGCGCUACCUCCCCACGAGGGGGCCGUCAUCCCGGAAACGCCAGAGUGACUACCGCUGUCGAGGGCAGCAGCAGCAGCAGCCAUGGUGUCUUUCCUCAUAGUGGGACGAGCAGCUCCCCAGGUGAGGGCGGCACCGACCCAGCCCGGCAGCAGGAGGGCCUUGGUGCUUCCCAUGGUUCACCCGAGCCAGGUGAGGCUGAUCCACCGAACCUUUGCCAAGAAUACCUGGUGGUGGUGAGGGAGCGCCUGGCAUCCGUCAAGAACAAGGUGCUGGUGCUGUCUGGCAAGGGAGGCUUGGGCAAGUCCACUGUGAGUGCCAUGCUGGGCCUUACCUUGGCCCUCGAUGACUCCAAGGAGGUGGGGUUCCUUGACAUUGACAUCUGUGGGCCGUCUCAGCCGCGGGUGUUGGGGACAGCAGAGGAGAAGGUCCACUCUUCAGGUGCUGGCUGGUCCCCUGUGUAUGUGUCUGACAAUCUGGCUGUCAUGUCCGUUGGGUUCCUGCUCAACAGUGCAGACGACGCUGUCAUCUGGAAGGGACCCAAGAAAGAUGUGAUUGACGAGGUAGUGUUUAAGCAUGUAGCUGUGGAUGAAGUGGCUCUGCUGGAUGUGAGGAAGGAAAUCACAUUCUGCAGGAAAGUGAACAUUCCCAUCAUUGGCCUGGUGGAGAACAUGACCACCUUUGUGUGCCCCAAGUGUAAGACCAAGACGGCCGUCUUCCCUGCCACUACUGGAUGUGACCCCCAGCUGGCAGAGGAUACUGAGAUGCCACUGCUUGGCCAGCUGCCGCUGGACCCCCGGGUGGCCCAGGCAUGUGAUGAAGGCACCAACAUUCCGACACGAGCCAGAUGCUGCUGUCACUCAGGCAUACAAAGACAUUGCAAACAAAAUCAAGGAGUACUGUGACGCAGUCCCAAGAAGCCACUUGACCUGCAGCGGUAGCAGCAGCAGCAGCAGCAGUCAUCACCACACUAACCAACACAUUCUAUAGAAAAGUCUUGUUAUUCAUGCAGAGGUUUAUUUUACAUUUACUUCUUAAAUCCAUAUUAUUAACAUCA